CUAACACGAGGGCAAAUGGCGGCACAUGGCUCUUCGUUUUCCCUCUCAUUUUUUAAAGGUAUAACAAGAAACGAAUUUAACGAGUGUGUCAUUGCAAAUGACAAUCCCAUAGAUAUGAACCGUUGCAAGUUUCGAUGAUCACUUCACUACCUAAGUUUUUUGCAGCUAAUUCAAGGAAACCAAUUUAGCACUUACAAAGACUCUCUGCGGUUUUCUGUUACAUGUCAUUAUCAUCUCAAUCCAUUUCCUCUCCAUUUGAAUUGCAUGGCUUCCCGCUUACAUUGCUUAACGAGGGCUGCAUUCGGCCCCUGUACUUCUCCGUCAAAAGCUUCGAAAUGCGAAAAGAACAAGAAACACAAGAAGUCAACAUCACUAAAAAACGGCAUCCAUCAUGUACACGAAGACACCCACCGUGUUGAUAAAGAUACCCAAAAUGUAAAUAAUGAUGCCCAGAACCAGCAAGAUGGCAGGAACAAUGCAGGAAGCCAUGGUGAAGGAGAAAUUCCUGAAAACAUUCUCAAAAUCAAGAAGCAACUUCGUCCCCUGUUGGAUGCAAUCAUUUCAGUGGAGUCAGAUAAAAUGAAUAGAAUUGAGGGUUGUAAAGGUGGUACAAGAAUUGGUAUGUUACAGAUUAACGAGCAGUACCAUAGAGAUGCGUGGGGCCCCAAUGCUUCUUCUUAUCAGUGGUCCCAGUGUCGGGACACUGAAUACGCUGAGAAUACUGUUGUUGUGUUCUGGCUAAGACAUUGCCCUGAUGCAGUAAUCAAUAAUGACUGGGAGACAUUGGCAAGAAUCCACCAUGGUAAGAGAAAAAUGGAAACCUUUGAGAAAGGGAAUAUUACGUGUCACAAGGGAAUGUCAGGUGUGGAUGUGACAAAUGAGAAUAUUGCAUUUAGAGGUGGACCUGAGGGCCUUGGUACAAACAGUGCAAAUCAUUAUUGGACAGAAAUCUGUAGAUGGAUGGAACAUAACUUCUUUCAAGCUCCCUCAGUAUCUGAACCCUACAAAAACAGCAUCCUACAUACCACUGUGCCUAUGCAGGGCAUGACCACAUCUGCAGAGCGACAGACCUUAGCUGACAUUAGCAAUCUCCAUGUAUCCAACAAAGAUGUCACAAGCACACAAAAGAGGCAAAAUGGAAGACAAGUCUGGCAUAUGAAAAAAAAUAAUAAGCAGGGUAGCAAGGAUGACAUCAAGGAAUUGUGCACUACUAUUUUGCAACCAGUGCAGCACAUCAGUAGUAAUCUGAAAGGCAAAGGUACAAAGUAUUCAUGCCCUACAAGUAGAAGCCAGUUUUCCUUGACUAAUGCUCCCUUCAUUAUUGAGGGAACAAAAUCAAAUUCAGUAAUAAAUAAGAGAAGAAAUUCAUUGGAUUUCUGUUCCAGCAAUAAUUUGCUUAAGGUGUGGAAGCCUUCACGUUCAAUUCAGAGGGAAAAGGCGGCAAUUAUUGUGCAAGCUUAUUGCCGAAUGUUUCUAAUUAAGACACAUUACAAAAGAAUGAAAUCUGCUGUCUUGAAAAUUCAAAGAUGGUGGCGGCAAUAUGGAAGUAAGGGGAUGUUGUCUGGAAAUUACAGUACUGUACAGAGUAUGGAAACAGUAUUACAUGAGCAGUUUUUGUAUCACAGAAAUCAACCUCCAAUUGUCCUUUCACGAAUUCAAGAUGAAAAUGAAGCACUGCCAAGCAAUGUUGAGCUUCUGCAGUCUCCAGCAGAUUUGCUUUAUAAAGGCAAUAUUUCAGCUGCUGAAGAAGAGAAGGUCCUAACUGAGCUGGCUAAUUUGCUCUCACCGAGUAAUAAUAAUGGCCUGGAACAGUUUAAUUGUUUUGAAAGUGACAUUGUUGAUGAAGAACUUGGAAACUUCCAUUUUCCAUAUGUACAAGAUGGAGAAAGUGAGAAGAGUACACCUGUUCUAACUAGGAUUCAUUCACCAAGACUGAGAGGGACUUGCAUAUCACAUGAAAAGAACAGCUCUGGAGACAUGGAAAAUGUCAUGCCAGAGUGGCUGGAAUUGAAGAAGUCAGACUUCAUGGAGAUGGAUGGUGGUAAUACUAAUUUUAUGCCCAUUAAAGCGGAUGAAACUGUCCCAGAUUUUGUUAACAUAAUUUCUGAAAGGAAACAACUGUAUGAUACUGCAAUAGGAAGUGUCGCUGCUUCUGCUAAUUGCACUCAUUUCAGUAAUUGUUCUGAUUAUUGGAAGCAGUACUGUAGCAAAAAGAUCAACCCUGGUUCAGGGAAUUCACAAUUUAAGACAUUUUGUUUAGAUGAAUCUCCAAAUGCUAGCAUUUAUGAUGGUACAAAUGAAGAGAACACAGGAGAAUUUGGUCCAGAUAUAUAAGUUUGAUGGAGAGGAGAGGUAAAGCUGGUUUACUAUAUAAAAAAUUGUUAGGAAUGUUUGAAGUGGAAUCUAAGUUGUCAAAAGUGGUUCCAGAUAGCAACUUCCCCAAAUUAAUUGGGCUAGACUUCCAUAAGGGAUUUCCUAGAGAAAAGGAAAUUGAUAGAGCACAUGAAGCAAUUUUAGAUGAUGAAAAUGUAUCAAAAGAGAUUGGAGUGGACCAUGAUUUUUUAGGGCUAAUGAGAAACAUAAAAAGAUUGGAGUUAUGUGAAUACAGAAAUAAUACCAUGGUUGUGGGAAACUCUGAUCCUCCUCUGUCAGUGGUAGCCAUGUUUUGUUGUCGAUUUCCAGAAGCCUUAUUUACUACAAGUUUUAUAGCUCUUCAGUGUUCAGAUGUGCAUUUGAGGAAGCAGAAUGUUCGUUCCUUUAGUGGAGUGAAGGAAGUAGAAAGCCUGUCAUAUGGAUUUUAUUUCUUUCUUUAGUUCCUUUAAAGUUUGAAACAAAUUGAAAUAUCCUUUGAGUUUCAUCUCCAAGGGAAAUCUAGCCCUGUCCACUACUAUAAAUAUUCUCCUCAAAAGUUACUAUAAGUUUUGAAGUAUUCAUUCUUUUUCCAAAUCAUUGAUGCUAGAGGCAAGGGGCAAAAAGUAGCUCAACCAAAUGUUUUUCUCCUUUUUGUUGUUUUUGUAGCUUUGCCUGCGUUGCUAAAAAUUGAGUCAGUGCUUAUUUUUGAACUUUUAAAAUGCCUUUGGCAAGUACCCAUAAGAACUGCGAGACUGAAACAGAGAUAGAAGAAUCAGCAAUUUGGGAGCAUGGGUGCACAAUUCUUCUGUUUUGUGUUCCCUCAUAAACAAUGGUUGGCAUCAAAUUUCAAGUGUGGCCAUAUGAUGGAAAUCAUAGGUCAAAUAAGUUAGGUAAGUGGCUAAGGAUUGUCAGAAAUUGAUUUGACUAUGCAAGGCCUUCAAAAUUAAUAAUAUUAUAUUUGUGAGA